CUCGGUUUCACUGUUAGCUUCGACGGUUUGCCUCUGCUAACGGCAUUGUGGCCUAGUUGACUCGCCGUAGACUCCUGUCUUCUGCGUCGUCGCGGGGAGGCCGCUGUUACCAGGGUGACCGCGCUAACAAGUUACUAAUGGUGGAAACCAAUAACAGAACUCGUACGAGCUCCAAACAUAUUUGGAGCAGAAAAUGGUUUCUUGCCGGGUGCCGGACUUCCCGGCCGUUAUGGUUGCUCUCGAGCACUUGAAGGAACUGGACAACCUGUUGAAAGAGGAGGGAGUGUCAUUCGCGCCUGAAGCCAGCUUCCACCUGGGGGAGAUGGCGGCUGCCGUCACUGACCUGGAGUCGGACCGACGUGCGGCCCACGAACAUUUGGAAGUGGAAACCAUAGAAAACAGCAAGCUGAGACGCCAAACAAACACUGCACGUGAACGAAUGAGCCGGGAAAUCGAAGCUGACGUGGCAGCAACCCGGGCAUCCAAUGCUGAGGAGAUAGAGCAGCUUCACAAAGAGCUGAGCGCAGUCUCCCAGCUGCGAGAAGCCACUGUAAAAAGGCAGGAAGCCCUCUUGAGCCAAAACGAAGCCAUGUGCCCUCAUCGAGAACAAGGGAAGGCUGAGCACGGAGAGAUCAUUGCCACGCUGAACAAUCAAAUCUCCCUAAAAUAUGGCUUGCAAACGAAACUUGAUCAGACGCAGGAGAAGAUAGAAGAGCUGAGGUCCUGCAUCGCUGCUGUCGAACAGGACAAAAUAACACUGGGGCAAAACAUGGUGCUGGAGAGAGAGGCUGUUACAGUGAAAAAAGGCAACCUGUCCAGUGAAGAGAACGGGACGGGUGAGAAAAUAAAGCAGCAGACGCAAGGGGUCAGGAUGAGCAGGAGAGAGCUGGAGAGAGUUAAUGGCAAGAAACUGGAGGCCCACGGCCAGCUGGGAGAGCUCACCGCUGACGGGACCAAGUUAGAGAGAAACUUACAAAGACAGAUGGCAUCUCGGGGCCAGUUUGAGAAACAGCUGGAAGGGGAGACCGAGAAGCGUAAAGACCUGGGGCAACAGAGAGAAAAGCUGAAAAAGGAGUUGUGUGAGUCAGGAGAAGUGUUCAGCCUCGCCAUUCGGUGUCUUAAAAAGAACAUUGCUACAAUGGAGAGCAAAAUAGAGGAGGGUCAAGCAACAAGGUUGCUCUGUCAAGACCACCUGACUUGUAUCUAUGAGAUGUUUAGGAGGCAGCAUGAUGAAGAGAGCGAAGUGAGGGCAGAGCAUUUCCGUGUCUCACAGCAGCUGGAGCGAUCAGAGCUGCAGCUGGCGGAACGCAUUGCCUCUGUAGUCAAACACAACAGGGAGAUCAAGGAGAUGGACAAGCAGAUCAGAGAACUCCUGGAGGCCGACACGAUCAACAAGUGCGUGUUUGAGAGGAAUCAGGAGGAGUUGUGUGGUAACGUGGACACAGAGAAGAAGAACAUCCGGCAACUUGAGGAGGAGAAGAGCAUGCUCAGGAGACUCCUGGAGGAGGGAAAGAGGAAGCAGGAGGAACACAUGGCGAAAACGACUGCUCGCAUAAGCGGCACCAGGAGGAGAUACGAGGAGCUGCGUCGAGAGGAGGCCAUGCUCCAACAGCGUCAGCCCGCGAGCGCAGACGCCGAUUUGCUCAUGAGCCAUGUGACCCAGUGUGUGGCGACGUACAGACAGAUAGAGAUCGAAUGCCUUUGGGAAAUAGAACAAUCCACUGCAGAGACCGAGGGCAUCACAUGGAGCAGCGAGGAGAAGAGGAGGGAGGCAAAGGGGAAGGAGGAGACACUGAAGGAGGAGGAGGCCAAGUGGAAUGAGGAGCAAAGCAGGCACCAGAGGCUGAACACUAUCACCUCCGAGCUCAGGCGAAGAAGGACCGAGCUGGAGCUGUCGAUUCAGGGAUUGAGGGAGAAAACCAGCUUUCUGCUUCAGCCCAGAGAGGAGAUGAAGACUGAGCUGGAGGAAAUGCGAGCAAGUCGCGUGGGUACGCUGGACAAACAGGCGUCGGAGCUGAGGGCUGUAGAAAUUAGCAUCUAUGACACCAGUGUGAAACUGGAGCAGGUUGGCAUGGAGAACAGCAGGCUGCGCCUCUGCGUCAGACAGAUGAUGGAGGAUGUGAGCAGAGUCGGGGGGAACAGAGACAGAUACUGGCAGGAGAUCCACCAGUUCCACCAGGACAAAAAGGCCUUGUUUGAGAGUUUACAGGAGGCGUGGAGGGAGGAUUUGUUGGUAACCGAGGACUGUCAUAGCAGUGAUGGUGUUUUGUUGGCAUGUAUGAGCAGUCUGAAUAACCACCUGAAGAUGAGGAAACACCAGUUAGCACACGUCAACACACUCCUACACCAGCAAAUGUUAGAUUUCAGUGAAAGACUGGGAGACAAAACAACUGCAGAGCAAUGUAGCUGAGUUGAUGGGAGUGUGAAAUGUCAAUAUGAAAUCAGAUAAAUCUGUAAACUUUAAAUAAAAGCUAAGUCAAACUCAAAGCUACAAGAAGAUCAUAGAAAGAUUGUCUUUUUAAAUGUAUUUGUAAUGUAGGCUACACGUGAAACCAAAGUCGUGAACACAAAUCUCAUUUCAGCGACCUCAUUAAAAAAAAUCCAAACUGGGAUAUAGUCGCUCUUUUGAUUUGAUUUCUUUGUUUAUGGUUUUUAGGUUAGUGGUGAAAUAUAAACUACAGUAGUUUUUGGUGUAAACUAGUUUGACUGGUCAAACACAGGUGGCUGUGAUAACAAAAUUACGUUCUGCACUGUCUCAAGCUGGAUCUGGGCCAACGUUCAUGUCAUCAGUAACACACGUGCUGUUCUGAACGUCUGCUGUGAAACCCCUAAUAGAACCUAUGUUUUAUUUUGGUUAGAUCUCUGUCACUUUUAGUUUUAAAAAGAUUCAACAUUGUUUAUUUGAAAAUGGCAAAAAACUUGGGUCCCUUGGCUGGGAUAUUGAGCCACAGACGUUGUGAUAUUUGACUUAACCAUUCGUCCACUAUAUAGUUGCUAUAGUUACAUAAAGCUAAAAUUCGUACAGUGAGAGCAAGGGGAUUAUUACCUCCACCAGGCUAUAUUUUCACCCUUUUCCAUUUGUUUGUUUAUUUGUUGGUUGGUUUGCAGGAUUAUGCAAAAAAUACUGAACAGAUUUCCACAAAACUUGUUUGAAGGAUGGGAAGAAAUAUUCUUUAACAUUGCAAGAUAGGGGCAUUUCUUUUACAUUUUCAUAUUGAUGAAAAAAGCAGGCAUAUUUAGGAAACUUAUAAUCUAUGAGUGAGUGCAGUUUGGUGCAGACCCCAUUAAAAAUCUUGGUGUAGUGGACUAAAAUGUGGUUCAUAAGGUGGGUAGGAUUUUUAUAGUCACUGCACGGUUAAAAAUUGGGAUUGAAGCCUGUAACUACCACCGAUGAGUAGC